AGCAAAACUGGAACCAUUCGUUUUCAACUAGUUAUGGUGGUUUUACUGAGCAAACGUCGUCGUUUUGUUCUUCUUGUACUUGCAGCAUUCUCGUUGAGGCUCUGUUUCGGCGAAGACAGAAUCACAUUCUCGACUCCGAUCAAAGAUUCAGAGACGCUCCUAUGCAAAAGUGGCAUUUUCAGGUUCGGUUUCUUCACUCCUGUAAAUUCCACUACUCGGUUACGUUAUGUUGGGAUCUGGUACGACAAGAUUCCAAUUCAAACUGUGGUUUGGGUUGCUAACAAAGACACUCCCAUCAACGACACUUCUGGUGUUAUUUCGAUCUCCGACGACGGAAAUCUUGUGGUUACCGAUGGUCGAAACCGCCUUGUAUGGUCGACGAACGUCACAGUACCAGUGGCUCCAAACGAUACUUGUGCUCAGCUAAUGGAUACUGGGAAUCUUAGGUUACAAGACAACAGAAACAAAGGUGAGAUCCUAUGGGAGAGUUUCAAGCAUCCUUAUAAUUCUAUGUUGCCAAGAAUGAAUCUUAGGACCGACCCUAGAACCGGAGAGAAUCUAACGCUUACUUCUUGGAGAAGCUAUGUAGAUCCUUCAACAGGGAGCUAUACAGUUGGUCUUGUUUCUUUUCCGUUUCCUGAGCUUCUAGUCUGGAAGAACAAUGUUCCAAAAUGGCGUAGCGGUCCCUGGAACGGUCAGGUUUUCAUCGGUUUACCGGAAAUGGAUACCCUUCUGAAUAUUGAUGGGUUUAACCUUUUAAAUGAUAACCAAGGAACGGUUACAUUGACCUAUGCUAAUGAUUCUUUCAUGUAUCACUUUAACUUGGAUCCUGAUGGAGUUAUAUAUCAGAGAGAUUGGAGUACUUCUAUGAAUGCUUGGAGAAUCGGUGCUAGGUUUCCGUCGACAUUUUGUGACGCGUACAGUAGAUGUGGUCCAUACGGGAGCUGUCAUACUCGGGGAGAUCCGCCUUGUAAAUGCGUAAAAGGGUUUGUGCCGAGGAAUAACACAGAGUGGAAUGCAAGGAAUUGGACUAAUGGAUGUGUGAGAAGAGCUCCAUUGCGGUGCGAGAGGCAGAGCAAUGUAAGUAGUAAUGGUGGUGGUGGUCGUGGAGGAAAAGGAGAUGGGUUUUUGAAACUGCAGAAGAUGAAAGUACCAGUCAAUGCGGAACGGUCGCUAGCUAAUGAACAAGCUUGUCCUAAGGUUUGUUUAGAUAACUGUUCUUGCACGGCUUAUGCUUAUGAUCGAGGAAUCGGAUGCAUGCUCUGGAGUGGUAGCUUAGUUGAUAUGCAAUCAUUCUUGGGAAGUGGCACUGAUCUUUACGUUCGACUUGCGCAUUCUGAACUCAAAUCACAUAGCAAGCGAGCAAUUAUUAUCACAGCACCAGUGGUAGGCGUUGCAUUUGUUGCUGCGGUCUGCGUUCUCUUAGCAUGCCAGAAAUUCAAAAGGCGUCCAGCAGAACUAGAGAAAGAUAGAAGUGCAGAGCUAUUGUUCAAGAGAAUGGAAGCACUUACAAGUGGUAAUGAGUCUGCUUCUAACCAAGUCAAGCUCAAGGAGCUUCCGCUUUUUGACUUUCAAGUGUUAGCUGCAUCAACCGACAACUUCUCUCUCAGAAACAAGCUCGGACAAGGCGGAUUUGGUCCUGUCUACAAGGGGAAGUUACAAGAAGGGCAAGAAAUUGCAGUGAAGAGGCUCUCAAGGUCAUCGGGGCAAGGAUUAGAAGAACUUAUGAACGAAGUGGUCGUGAUUUCAAAGUUGCAACAUCGGAAUCUGGUAAAGUUACUUGGCUGUUGCAUAGAAGGUGAAGAAAGGUUGCUAGUCUAUGAAUAUAUGCCAAAGAAAAGCUUGGAUGCAUAUCUAUUUGACCCAUCUAAGCAAAAGAUUCUUGACUGGAAGACUCGGUUCAACAUAAUGGAAGGAAUUUGCAGAGGUCUUCUAUACCUCCACAGAGAUUCAAGAUUAAAGAUCAUACACAGAGAUCUAAAAGCCAGCAACAUUUUGUUAGAUGAGAAUCUAAAUCCCAAGAUAUCUGAUUUCGGGCUUGCAAGAGUUUUCAGAGCGAAUGAAGAUGAAGCUAACACAAGAAGGGUUGUUGGAACAUACGGCUAUAUGUCACCGGAAUACGCAAUGGAAGGUUUAUUUUCAAAGAAAUCAGACGUUUUCAGCUUGGGGGUUAUAUUGCUAGAGAUCAUAAGUGGGAGAAGAAACUCUCACAAGGAAGAGAAUAAUCUGAAUCUUUUAGCUUAUGCGUGGAAGCUGUGGAAUGAAGGUGAGGCUGCUUCUCUAGCAGAUCCAAUCGUCUUUGGUGAAUGUUUUGCGAAAGAGAUAACAAAAUGUGUUCAGACUGGUCUGUUAUGUGUGCAAGAAGUUGCAAGCGAUAGACCGAAUGUUUCAACUGUGAUUGGGAUGCUAACUACCGAGAACACGAACCUCCCUGAGCCAAAGCAGCCUGCGUUUAUAGCAAAGAGAGGAGUUUCUGAUGCUGAAUCUUCUGACCAGAGUAGUCAAAAGGCAUCUGUCAAUGAUGUGAGCCUCACAGCUGUCACAGGACGUUAAGCUCAAAAAGCCAAUCUCAGUCCGUUUAUAUAUUCAUAUAUAUGUUUUGUGAGACUCCUAUGAUUAACAAUUUGUAUCAUUCGGCUUAUGUUCAAAGGUUGGACUAAAGAAUAAGAGAUGUUUUUUUCAGAGAAGUUACA